AUGGCUCAAGUCCUAUCAUCUCCGGUGCCAUUGCUGGCUAUGACCAGCCCAAAGCCGCUCCAAUUCAUGGCGAGUCUUCUCGCACGAAUCGUUACUAAAGACACGAAGAAAGUGAUUACUACUCCAGAGAGCCCUAGGAGUCCAAAGACCCCACAAGCCGGCUCCAUUCUCAUGGACAAGUACGAGCUAGGAAAGAUUCUUGGCCAUGGAAGCUUCGCUAAAGUCUAUUUAGCCAGGAACAUAAACUCCGGCGAGAACGUUGCCAUAAAAGUCAUGGACAAGGAGAAGAUCGUGAAAAGCGGAUUGGCCGGUCACAUCAAACGAGAGAUCUCCAUCCUCCGCCGCGUCCGGCACCCUUACAUUGUCCAUCUCCUCGAAGUCAUGGCUACGAAAACAAAGAUUUACAUCGUCAUGGAGUACGUACGAGGCGGAGAGCUUUACGACAAGGUGGCUAAAGGCCGCCUCCGAGAAGGAGUUGCCCGGAGAUAUUUCCAGCAACUGAUCUCCUCCGUCGCUUUCUGCCACAGCCGCGGGGUUUACCACCGCGACCUAAAGCUUGAGAAUCUGCUCCUUGACGACCAAGGUAACGUCAAAGUCUCUGACUUUGGCCUCAGCGUCGUCUCCGAGCAGCUCAGGCAAGACGGAAUCUGUAAAACGUUUUGCGGGACGCCGGCUUAUUUGGCGCCGGAGGUUUUGACGAGGAAAGGCUACGACGCAGCGAAAGCGGACGUGUGGUCUUGUGGAGUGAUCUUGUUUGUGUUGAUGGCUGGUUAUCUUCCGUUUGACGACAAGAACGUAUUGGUCAUGUACAAGAAGAUUUACAAAGGACAGUUUCGUUGCCCUAAGUGGUUCUCUCCUGAGCUCACGGAGCUCAUGGCUCGGAUUCUUGACACGAACCCGGAAACAAGAAUCACGAUCCAAGAGAUCAUGGAGCAUGGAUGGUUCAAGAACGGAUUUAAAGAUGUCAAGUUCUACAUCGAGAACGAUAAGUUAUGUAGAGAGGACGAUGACGACAAUGAUGAUGAUGACUCAUCGUCAUGGUCAUCAGGGAGAUCAUCGACUGCUUCAGAAGGAGACGCAGACUUCGAGAUGAAAAGGGUUGAUUCAAUGCCGAGACCCGCGAGUCUUAACGCAUUCGACAUCAUAUCUUUCUCGUCAAGUUUGGAUCUUUCUGGAUUGUUUGAAGAAGGAGGACAUGGAGCAAGAUUUGUGUCCGCUGCUCCUGUGACGAAGAUCGUAUCGAAGUUGGAAGAGAUUGCGAAAGCUGUGAGGUUUACGGUGAGGAAGAAAGAUUGGAGCGUGAGGCUUGAAGGUUGUAGAGAAGGUGCUAAAGGACCGUUGACUAUUAAAGUUGAGAUCUUUGAGCUGACGUCAUCUCUUGUGGUGGUUGAGGUGAAGAAAAAGGGAGGGUUUAUAGAAGAGUAUGAAGAGUUUUGCAACAAGGAACUUAGACCGGAGCUAGAGAAACUGAUGCAUUACAAAGCAGAUGAUGUUGAAGAAGCAAUAUUGUGUUGA